AUGGACGAGCGCAAGCGCAAGCGCGCGGAAUCGCCCGCGGCAGACUCGGCGCUAAAAGGCGAGCGUCUGCGGGAUGCACUUGCACAGCUUGCGGAAACGCGUGCGGGCGGUGCUUACAUUCCGCCGGCGCGCCUGCGUGCGUUGAUGGCCGAAGCACAGGCGGCCGAUCCUGGCAGUGUCGAGUACCAACGCAUGAGCUGGGAUGCGCUCCGAAAGAGUAUUACGGGUCUGGUAAACAAGGUCGCAGCGGAUAAUAUCAAGCAUAUUGUGCCGGAGCUGUUUUCCGGUGCGAAUUUAAUCCGCGGCCGCGGCCUGUUUUGUCGGUCGGUGAUGCAUGCACAGGAAUUUUCCUUGCCCUUCACGCCGGUAUUUGCGGCACUUGUGGCGAUCGUGAAUACAAAGCUGCCAUUUGUGGGAGAGCUAUUGGUUAAACGCCUUGUAUCGCAGUUUCGCCGCGCGUACCGCCGCAACGACAAACCGAAAUGCCAUGCAGUGCUGUUGUUCAUCGCACACUUGGUAAACCAGCGGGUUGCACACGAGCUACUGGCAUUGGAGUUGCUGGUUUUGCUGCUAGAGGUGCCGACGGACGAUAGUGUAGAGCUUUCCGUGGCGUUCAUGCGUGAGGUUGGUGCAUUCCUCGCGGAAGAAGCACCGAAAGCGACCAACAGCAUCUUUGACAGGUUCCGCGCGGUACUUUACGAAGGCGCAAUUAGCGUGCGUGUACAGUACAUGAUCGAGGUGCUGGCACAGACGCGCAAGGACAAGUUUAAGGAGAAUCCAGCGAUCCCCGAACAGUUAGACCUUGUGGAAGAGGAGGACCAAAUUACGCACCAGGUCGGUCUCGACGGCAAGCUCGAUCUCGAGGAGGGUCUGAACAUUUUCAAAGAAGACCAUGCGUUUGUCGAGAAUGAGGAAAAGUAUGCCCAGAUCAAGGCGGAGAUCCUAGGGGAAGAUGGAGACGAGGAAGAGGAAGAGGAAGGGGGAGAAGAAACCGAGGAGGAAGAAGGUGUAGAGAUCCAGGACGCUGCCGAGCAGCUCGAUAUCGAAGACCGCACAGAGACGAAUCUUGUGAAUCUGCGCCGCACCAUCUACCUAGUAAUCAUGUCGUCUCUCGACUUUGAAGAAGCGGUGCACAAGCUGCUUAAACUGCAUGUGCGCGAGGGUCUCGAGAUGGAAGUGUGCAAUAUGGUUGUCGAGUGCUGCUCACAGGAGCGGACAUAUGCGAAGUUUUACGGGCACAUUGGCGAGCGUCUCAGCAAGCUCGAUCGGCUUUGGUCCGGUCUCUUUGAGCAAUGUUUCCGGACAUUUUACGAUACGAUCCACCGCUACGAGACCAAUCGACUUCGGAAUAUCGCACGAUUCUUUGGUCACCUCCUGGCCAGCGACAGUAUCAGCUGGGCAAGCUUUGAAAUUGUGCGCAUGACCGAGGACGAUACUACAUCCUCGUCGCGUAUCUUUAUCAAGAUUCUAUUUAGCGAGUUGCAGACAAUCAUCGGUCUCAAGGCGCUCAUUGCACGGUUCAAGGAGCCGUCUAUGCAGGCGGACUUUUCCAACAUGUUCCCUCUGGAUCAUCCACGCAAUACGCGCUUUUCCAUUAAUUACUUUACCAGUAUUGGGCUGGGCGCAGUGACCGAUGGGAUGCGCGAGCAUUUGAAGAAUGCGCCGCGCAUGAUUAUGGAGCAGCGCGAGGCUGAGAUUGCUGCACGACGUGCUGCAUACUCGGACGAGUCUUCCAUGUCAGACUCUGGCUCCUAUUCGAGCUACUCAAGUGGAACACUGACCGAGUUUCUUCGCGAACAAGGUAUUCAAGCGCCCGCCUCCAAUCGGUACCAACGUAUCCCACGCGAUGAGCCUGCCGCGCCUAGCAGCGCGACGCCCGAUCCAACGUCGGGCCCACGCCGGCGUCUCCCCCAAGGCGCAUCGCUAAACUUUGACGAAGAGGACGAGGAGGAUACGUAUAAAGAAGUGCCCUUCUUACCGCCGCAAAAACGCGCGGCACCGUUGCGGUCUGGCCAGAAGACCGAGUGUGGCCAGUGUGCUACCUCGUUCUCUGUAACGCGCCAUACCCGUGUGGAUAAGCAGCUUGGCGCAUUAUGCUGGGACUGCAAUGCCAAAGUGCCGAAACCAACCUCUGGAAAACCAAAAUCGCGCAGCCGCGCGCCAGGGAAAAGUGUAGGUCGUGUGGUGGAAGAGCGCGCUGUGCUACCGACGCUAGCGUCGCUGUGUAUUAAUGUGAUUGGCGAGCAGAUGAACAAUAUCGAGCGGCUCGGCGAGCUUUCCGAGUCCAGUGUAGACGCCGUCUCUAAAGUGAUCAGCAAGAACCGCAGACUGACGGAUGUCACGAUGCAAUUCUUCCUCGCGCGCAGCGCCAAGCACCGUACGCUGUAUGACUGCAGUGCAAUUUCCAGCGAAGCAUUUUUGACGAUCCCGACUUUUGCGCCAAACCUUGUUCAGCUCUCGCUCCAGUUCUGCGGCCAAUUUGACAAUGAAGCGCUCGCGGCGCUCGGUCGGCUGGAGCACCUCAAAGAGCUUGAACUGUACGGCGCUUUUCUCGUGCGUGCCGAGGCCUGGAUCGCAUUUUUCCGCGCGCAUGGCCACAGACUCACCACCCUCAAAAUCCGCGAGACGCCUCGGAUCGAUACUGCAGUGAUACAAGCGCUUGUCGCGUCCUGUACACGUCUCGAGCACCUCGCACUCGCACAGAUUGGUCACCUCGAUGAAGACGGUGCGCGCCUUGUACAAAACCUUGGCCACCUUUCUUCUUUAGAGCUUUCUCAGCCUGGGAUUUGGGCUCCAGGCAUGCCGCGGCCUUCGCUGACCAGUGGCGCGAUCCUUCCGACCUUGCAACAGCGCGGCGCUGCUUUCACCUCGGUCAACCUCGCGCGCAAUGCGAAACUUGACGCUUCCAUCCUCGACGAUGGACUUGUGCACUGCCCCUCGCUCACGUUUUUGUGCAUGGACGACAAUACGGGCAUUCCCGAGGAAGCAUGGGAGCGUUACUUUAACAGCGAUGCCGUGCGCAAUCUCGAGCACGUUUCCGUGGAUCGGUGUGCUGUGAGCGAUAACGUGCUUGCUAUGCUGGCUCUACGAGCACCGAAACUACAUUCACUCUCGGUAAACAGUGUGCCGAGCUUGCAUGGGCCAGGCUUGGCCGCACUGGCACGCGCUGCACCGCCACUAAAAGUGCUGGACGUUGGUUUUGUGCGGUGUGUCGAUGACCUAUUCCUACGCGAUCUUGCGGGCCAAAUCCCGACACUGCACCAGCUGUAUUUAUUUGGGUGCAACAAUGUCACGCCCGACUUUCAGUGCGAGCGGAUCACAAUUUUUGGGCGCGAACGCGCCUAG